UCUGAAGUAAAUUAUGCUAAUGGUUUCCAUGUUUUACUUAGUCGUUAGUAGGGUGGCCAGACUCUGUGGAUACAUGGUGUACUGGAGGCACACAUCUACUGAAAAAGUGUUGUUGAAAAGCAUAGAGUGGCUCAAACUCCUCCUAAAGUCUUCAAAACUCCUCAUUCCAAUGCACUUUUAAUUGUUUUCCCCUCCUAUCUUGGUAUAACAAUUCACCCCUCUCUCACCCCACAUUUUCUAUUUAGUUUCUCACAUCAAUCAAUUUAUGAGAGAUGAUUAAAUUAUUCUCUCAAAAGUAAAUAUAUAUUUCUAUCUGCCCUCCAUCCAAACCCCCUCAAUAACCUUCCUCUCUCUUUAUCUACUUUUUGCCAGGCAUACUUUGUUUUUCAGCCUUCAUCUUUGCCUUAAAUGAAAUGUUGGAAUAAAAGAAAUAAAAACUGAGUAAUAAGGAGAUGUUUUAGUGCUUGCCUCUUUUAUAUCUUUCUGUUCUUCUUCCCACCCAGGAAGGAAGGAAUGGGUUUAAGAGGAAGGCUGCAAGAAGGCUGGGUUCUGUUUAAUAUUUUGUUUGUCUGCACGGCAACCUGUUUUUUGCCAAUGAGGAUCCGCUCACUCAAACAAGGAGGAUACAUUAUCACACAGUGUUCCUUUUCCUUCAGGUAAUCAGUCAUACCUGCCAUGUUAAUGUGAAAGUAGGCUUAUUUAUUGUGUUGUCUAAUUUUGUUUACAGAGUAGGCUAAGUAUUGUGUAAAACAUAUAUCUGUUAAUAGAUUUACACAUUUAUACAGUGUGUGCGUAAACGCAGCUAUUGACUAAACAAACACACUAAAACAAACCAUCUACAACACAUAUUGGUUUUUCUUACCUUCCUUUGGUGGGAACACCCUCCAUCCUAUCAGAUGUCCUCUGUUUUGAAUUCCUGCUAUCGAUCGGUAACGAACCGACAACCAUAAAACCAACCGUCAUAAGGCUAUAGACACUGCCAGCCAAGUCCUGCCUCUUAAACAAAAUUACACAUUUUUUUGCAUUACAGCUCAAAAAUACGGGGCAGAAUUUAUGCUCUUUUUUUAUACUAUUGCACUCUGUUGUUUUAUUUUUCCUCCCCCUAGAGACAUAUCGUUGUUUUCCAUCUGAUCGGGAGGAGGAGGGAAAUGUCUUCGGCCGUGCGGGAGAGGAGGCCCGGCGUUCAGCAGCUGCUGCUGAUGCUGCUGUCGCUCUCUGGUUGUUUAAGCAUGGACGUCCUUGUUCCUAACUACAUAAAUGCACUAAAUGGGACGACUGUGACAAUCCCCUGCACAUUCACGUCCUGCUAUAAGAUUGAUCUUACCAAGUUUGCUAUGAACUGGACCUACCAAGAGUCUACGAACGACACAGAGGAAAUGUUUAUGACUUAUUACAGGAAAAGGGGAAUGGUUCCUCUGCGUUCCGACCGCUUUGGAGAGAGGGUCAUGUUUACUGGUAAUUUGGACAAGAACGACCUGUCCAUCACCCUGUCCGACGUGCAGCUGGACGAUGAGGGGAUUUACAACUGCUACGUCAGAAACCCCCCAGACCGCAUCCAGGGUCACGGUGUCAUUCAGCUCAAUGUUGUGACAGAACUUCCCCCUCCAAGAGAUUCCACCAUUGCAGUUGCUAUUGGAGCAUCAGUGGGUGGAGCAUUAGCUCUGCUAAUCCUCUCCAUGGUGGUGGUGAAGUGUCUUCGCCGACAACGGAAACAAGAACCGAGUUCAGAGGAAAAGAUGGAGGAGGAGGGGAAACUAGAAGCUGAAGCUGUAGCAGAAGAGGGUACCAAAGAUCCACACCAUCUUCCUAAAAGUCUGGAGUAACUCCAGCUUGAAUAAUCAUCCACAGAUGUAACCAUCCUCUCCUUUGCAUGUGUGUCUGUCUGUUGCUCUCAAGUGAGAUUUUUUGGUGUGUAUGUGAACUGAAUGUGUCUGUGUGUGGGUGGACAUGUGAGUUUUUCUGUAAAACAAGACAGGAGUUUAGAGGCUGCAUUCCUUUAUUUAGUGCUCUAAAUCACUGUCAAUAACAUUAGGUGUAUUUGUAGUAAUACUUAAUGCCAUUUACAUUGCACACAUCUCAACAGGAUAGGGCUGGGUGGUAUGAACUGAAAAUCUCCAUUGUAUAUUUUGAAUAUAGGAAUUUUGAAUACGGGCAGGGGAAAAGUAAUAUUUUUUAUUUUGUUGUUUCGAUAUACGUGAUUUUAAAUUUAGUCAGAAGUUUUAUGGAAAAGAAGUCUAUUAAUUACCUAAAUCUUAGUUUAAAUAAACGUAACAAUAUCUGUGGAGGCAGAGUUUAUGGGGUACAAUUUUAACAACCGUAGCAAAAAUUUUUAAAUAGGUUGGGUUUUCAUACUAUAAAUCCAGCAAUUCUUACAUUGCCUCAAAGCCAUGUCCUGUAACUGCCUGCAUAUCCUGACACACAUGUGGUCAGUACAAGUUUUAUGUGUCUCUCCACAGCUGGAUUUCAUUGUCACUAGAAUAUGGUCGGUCAGCGGCUCGGCCAUAUGUUGUUUACACUAUUCAAUAAUGUUUAGCUGUGUCUCUUGUCAUAGAAGAUUCUUGUACAUUCCAUACAGUUGUGGAGUUUUUACGACACAGUUACCCUGUUUGUUACAUACUGUGGUUCGUCACAGUGGGGAAAAGCACAAAUGCAGCUAAUAACAGUAACCAAGGUUCUAUGGUCCAAGGUUUUUUUUAUUUUUUUAUUAUGUCACGUCAGUGUUUUUGUUUUAAUUUUAUAUGUCUAUUUUGUAAAGUUGACUACGCCAUAAAUAAUCCCGAUUGGUGCACAAAAAGUGUACAGCAAUUUCACAGGACUCCAGGUCUUACUUUAAAGUUGGACAGGUUAUACUUGCAUAACAUUUAUGAUGACAGUGGUACCUCAAAAGAAUGAUUAAUAGUUCCGUCUCAUUACAGUCACAGUUUGAUACUACUCAUUAAUUGAGCCGUUUGAUCCCUUUUCCAGUUUACAUACAUAGAUGGAAGUUAGUUAUUUAAUUAUAUCUUAUGCGAAUGACACUUUGUAGACAAAAGCUUCAAGGCACUUUGCUCUUUCCACUCGGUGGGUGAUCAUCUUACAUGUUAUUUGGCCAAAUUCCCUAGGCAGAUGAUUUCUGUAUGUUUUGAAAAAGGUUCAAUUUAGUCAGAUUACACUUUGGCCCUAAAAUCAAGAUUUGGUUAAAGUAGAGUGUUCCAAAAUAUUACAUAAAUGGGUGUAAAUUGACUGUCUUGAUUAGCCCUUUUUUUUUAUCUGACAAAAUAAACUGACACAAAUUACAUUACAAAUAUCAAAUAAACAUGCAUAAAGAUUCAACUUUACAUAAUUUGCUAAAGACCAAAACUCCUUUGAGUCAGUUAAGUGUGGAAAUGCAGGAGUGAUUUGAUAAUGGACUACAAUGUCUUUUCAUGCUAAAUUUUUAGAAGCUUGAAAUAAUUCUCUUUAUAUUACAUAGAUAUAAUUGCUGAUCUCGAGCAUCUAAAACAUUUCAGAUUCUUAUUACCAUGAUGUUUUGUUAUCUAAUUUUAAGUUUGUUUCAGAGUACUAUAUGAGAUCCCCCCUCAACAACUAAGUCAAAUUUCUAUAUUUAUAUAGCACAAUAAACCAUCCACCCUAUUUGUUCUUCUUCCCCAGCUGAUUUUGUUUAAAGAAAUUGCAUGUGACAGUGCCUCACGGAAAAUAUAAAUUAGUAUUUUGCAGCUCAGUUUCUAUUGUUUUAGGUAAACAUACUAUUUUACCAUUUAAACAUGUAAUGUUUAAACGGGAAAAUAAGAAAAAAAAUUUCAGCAUUGAAUGUUCCAAGUUGAAUUAACAAAGCAAAUGACACAUUCAGAGAUCAAGCUGCUUUUCUUUAACUAUUUGAAGAUAUUUGUCUGUCAAAAAACAUAUCAGUCAUUAGCCUAUCAAAAAGGAAGUCUCAUUGCAUCUACAAUCAUAUAUUGCAUGUAAAUAUCAACAUAUUUCAACUUUAAUGGUAGACUAACGUCAUAAGGCAGAAACAUAUCACACACUGAUCUGACCUAUACGAUGAUAAACUAUACUUUACAAACUCAAUAUUUUAUUAAUUAUAAUAAUAACUUAAAAGGCAUUGUAUGAUGUAAAGAAAAAUUGUACUAUAAAAAACCCGAAAAAAAGGAUACGUUUUUUCUGGAAACAUCAGUGUGAGUCACAGCAUGAGGUGAUGCCAUUAAACAUAGUAAGACGUUAUUUUGUGACACUUGUGUUUACAUACACAUUCUGUAUAAUUUCAGAAGGAUUUUGUUGUCUUUGUUAUGCCUCCUGCAAACCAGUAAUUAUUUUUAAAAAGUUAAUUAUUUUAUAAGAGGAGAAAACCCAUUUCCUUUAAACUCUGAGAUGUGCUCAACUGGAAUCAUAUAUUAGAGAUUAAAAACAUGUAUAUACCGAAAAUUACUGCGCCUUUAUACAUAUACUUUUAAAAGUGUAUGUAAAAAAAAUAGAGUUGUAUACAGUAGAAUAAAAAAAUCUAAACAUUUCCAAAGUAAUGCCUUUACCUCAACAGUUGUGUGUGAAACUGUAGAUACUGACUUGCACAUUGACACUCUAGCACUUGUUCUAGUACUAUCGUAGUGGAGAGCAUGAAUCUAAAGAAAAUAAGGAAAAAUAUAUGACGUGAAAAAAUAUUAAGGUGUUUUGGAAUGUGCGGUUGCUAGUAGUGUAUCUAAUCACUCAUAUGUUUGGAGCACUUUGAAUGUUUAAACAUGUCAUGAAGUACUUUAAAAUCUGUGUUGAUUCAGCAUUUUAGCUUUGUUGAUGUCUGAAUGUCUUUAUGAUGUUACCGUUUUAUUGUGAUAACACAACAACUCGUCAACAACGAGUUACAUGAGUAUUUGUAAUACUAAAGGGUGGGUACUUGGCCUUGUUUAUGUCUUUUUAAGAGAAGAUGACAAAACUGUGUACUUGUUUCUGUUUAGGCCUACAAGGGUAUAAGACCUUAGUUGGUUUUGUUUUGGGUUUUUUUGUAUUGAAAAUACUGUGUAAUUGAAAAGAACAUGUUUUUCAUUGCAGUAGCACCUUCACAUUAAUGUCUCGCUUUGGUGAUGAAUAAAGCUCAAAUCGUCAUUGGAAACAAUCAGCAAGUGAAGCACCACAAAAAAAACAACCAAUUCUGCCACAUUUCAUGUGACACUAUUCAUGCAAUCAUGCAUGUUUAAGUUUUGGGAUUUGUAGACUCAAUAGGUGGUGGCAGUUUAACAUGUGGGGUAAAGUCAGUACAGUUGCUAGAGAAACAUAAGGCGAAACAUAACAUCAUAUACUUCCCCUUACUUCUGAGGUAGAAAUAAGUUAACAACAGAGGGGAUAAUAGCUAAACGUAAGGCUGAUAUGUCAUUGUGUGCUUCCAUUUAUGUAUUUGCUCUGCAAAGCUUCUUUUGCAUCUCUAUAAAUAUUAGCUGUCACAAAACUAAUGCUUGCACUUUGCUGUUUAUGAACUAGCAGCAGUCAUUACAUUAUGUAUUUUAAAUAAAAGUCUACAAAAAAAAACAGCAUUUUCUUUUCAUUUACUGCAUGAAACCAUCGGCAAUAUGUGCAUGUGCAUAAGUUAUCAUGUAGAGUGGACCUGAAAACUGUCCAUUACACAGUGGUCUGAGACAUACCUACAUACCACGAGCACAUUACCAGGAUAAUAACCAAUAAACUACUUUCAAUUUAUGAUAUUAAACAAAGUGAGGCAGAUGAAGGACUAGAUGAAGACUGCCCUUUAUGUUCUUUGGGGAUUUAGGAAACUCACUCCUUGUUCCUCUCCUUCACUGCAUGCUAUGUUAGCUUGGAUGGCUCCAAAGACCAAAUACAUGCUCUUUUUCAUCAUUAUGACAUACGACAGAUACAGUUUGUGUUUAACUUACAGUAUAUUGGCACUAACUAGUGCCAAAAAGAUACAGCUAUGUUCCCAUCUCAUUUGAAAGACCAACCUGCCACUGCUCCACUGAGAAUAACUCAGAGGUGACUUUGUGAAUGUAGAGUAUGUAUUUUCAGCUAUUGCAGCUAAACAGGAUUCCUUUGUGUAUCCAAACUGAAUCAUAAAAAAAUCAAAGAAAGAAAAAAUCCUGCACUAAACAGCACUAAGUAGGAGGCCAUCUUCUGGUGUGAAAUUGUGAACAGAAAUUGAAUUUUCAAAACCUUAUGUGAAUGUGAAGGUUUCACACCAAAAUAGUUCAUGCUUUGCAUCCUGUCUGGCUUCGAUAUGUCAUUGUCUGUGAGGAAAGUGAUACGUUUUCUCCCUUUUUGGGAUUUCCUGUUCUGUU